AUGGAUAUCAACAAUUCCUUCCCCGAUCAAAUGACGGCUAAAAUUAUUGAAGGCAGCGAGGUGAAAAUUAACGGCAAGGGCAAGAAGGUACGUAAACCGCGUACAAUCUACAGCUCGGCGCAGCUGCAAAUGCUGCAGCAGCGCUUCGAGAAGACGCAAUACCUGGCGCUGCCCGAUCGCGCGCAGCUAGCGACUGAGCUCGGCCUCACCCAGACCCAGGCAAGCCCCCGGAGCCUUGAGAUGACGGGUUUU